GCGCGUGUGAGACUUUGGGGAUGAAGCGACCUGCCCGCAAACAUAAACAAGACGCUGAGGUGCACCGAGUGGCUGUACCAGCCUUGCCUCCCCAUGCUGGUACUUCUUGACUGAGGCACGCCUGCACCUAGGGAACAGGGCACACACACAAAUAAGGGGCAAUGCCGUCCACCACCGACGAUGUCCAGCGGCACUCAGUGCACACGCUGGUGUUCCGCUCCCUCAAGAGGACCCACGACAUGUUCCUGUGUGACCAAGGAGCACUGCCUCCUGUAGAAGAAUCCCUGGAGAAGCUGCGGCGGCAGGCUAGCCGAGACCAGUACGGGCCAGUGUUGGGUUUGGUGAGACACAAUCAGCGCAAGGCGGCCUCCAUGCCACAUGACAUUGAUGUUGACGACUUGCAGCCCAAGAUUAGUGAGACCACCAAUGGUGCUGUGUCUGGUCCCCUAGCUCUGCCCCCUCCCUCAGGGCCCCAUCCCCCAUUACCCCCUACUCCCCCACCACAAAGUAUGGCCUUGGUGGCAUCAUCAGGGCCCAGUGCCAAUGCUGGCCAGCAGUCCCUGGUGCCACGCCGUGCCCCCAUGCUGCCACGACCCAAAUGGCAUGCCCCCUGGAAGCUUGCGCGGGUCAUCUCAGGUCACUUGGGCUGGGUGCGUUGUGUGGCCGUCGAGCCAGCCAACGAGUGGUUUGCCACUGGCUCCAAUGACCGUGUCAUCAAGAUCUGGGACCUUGCCUCAGGCCAGCUCAAAUUGUCCCUCACAGGCCACGUGUCAGCUGUGCGGGGCCUCGCCGUGUCUCCUCGUCACCCGUACCUCUUCUCUUGUGGUGAGGACAAACAGGUCAAGUGCUGGGAUCUGGAGUACAAUAAGGUGAUCCGGCACUACCACGGCCACCUGAGUGCCUGCUACGGCCUGGCACUUCAUCCCACCAUCGACGUGCUGGUCACCUGUGGCCGGGACUCUACAGCAAGAGUUUGGGACAUGCGGACCAAGGCCAACAUCCACACCCUCACCGGCCACUCCAACACUAUCGCCUCAGUGGUGUGCCAGGCAGCCGAGCCUCAGGUGAUAACAGGCUCCCAUGACUUCACCAUCCGCCUGUGGGACCUUGGGGCGGGGAAGAGUACCUGUACCCUAACCCACCACAAGAAGAGUGUGCGAGCCCUCACCAUCCACCCGGAGCUGUACAUGUUUGCCUCAGGAGCACCAGACAACAUCAAGCAGUGGAAGUGUCCUGAUGGAAAGUUUAUGCAGAACCUAGCCGGCCACAAUGCCAUCGUCAACUGCCUGGCCAUCAACAGAGAAGGUGUGUUGGUCUCAGGAGCAGACAACGGUACACUCUACUUCUGGGACUGGAGGACUGGCUACAACUUCCAGAAGCUGCAAGCACCUGUACAACCAGGUUCCAUGGACAGUGAGGCGGGAGUGUUUGCCAUGACCUUUGACCAGAGCGGGUCACGUCUCAUCACUUGUGACGCUGACAAGACCAUCAAGAUCUACAAGGAGGAUGACACUGCGACUGAAGACACACAUCCCAUCAACUGGAGGCCAGAGAUACUGAAAAGAAGAAAGUACUGAGGCAGACAAUGUAUGUGUGUGUGUGUGUGUGUGUGUGGUUGGAGAGCAUAUCCACUUGCUCAUCCCAUUUUCCAAAAGAUGGAGAAAAACUGGUGUAUCUGUUCUUUUUAUGUAAGAAUAAAACUUUGCCAGCCCCA